CGGCCGCCCCGGUUCUGGGACUCUGGGUGGAGUGGAUCGGAUCGGAGCAGCCAUGGAAGAAGCGGAGGAUCUCGCGGCGGCGGACCGCGAGCAGGGCAAGGACGAAGUCGACGCGGCGAGCAGGCUCACCUACGAGAUCUUCUCCCUUCUCGAGUCCAAGUUCCUGUUCGGCUGCGACGUCCCGGCCGGCCUCUUCGUCCCUACCGCCGCCACCGGGGCCGCGCGGAGGACGGCCGCCAGCACGGGCCGCAAGGUGUGCGUCCUCUCCAUCGACGGCGGCGCGCGCGCGGCCGACGGGCUCCUGGCCGGCGCCGCGCUGGUGCGCCUGGAGGCCGCGCUGCGGCGGCGCGCCGGGAGCCCCACCGCGCGUCUCGCCGACUUCUUCGACGUCGUCGCGGGGUCCGGCGCGGGCGGCGUCCUGGCGGCGCUGCUGUUCGCGCGCGGGCCGCGCGGUGGCCGGCCCAUGUGCAGCGCCGACGAGGCGCUGGCGUUCCUCCUCCGCCGCGUGCACCGCCGCCGCCGCCGCGGCCCCUCCUCCUCCUCCUCCGCCGCAUCGUUCGGCAGGGCGCUCGGCGACCUGACGCUCCGCGACACGGUGCGCCCGGUCCUGGUCCCGUGCUACGACCUGGCGACACGGGCGCCGUUCCUCUUCUCGCGCGCCGACGCCGCGGAGUCCCCCGCGCACGACUUCCGACUACGCGACGUGUGCGCCGCCACGUGCGCGGCCGGUGGCGGCGGCGGGGGCGUGGUGGAGGUGGCGUCCGUGGACGGCGCCACGCGGAUCCGCGCCGUCGGCGGCGGCGUCGCGCUGGGGAACCCCACGGCGGCCGCCAUCACGCACGUCCUCAACAACCGGCGCGAGUUCCCCGCCGCCGCCACCAUCGACGACCUGCUCGUCAUGUCCAUCGGUACGGGCGCGGGGGACGCCGGCGUAGGCCGAGGACGCAGGAAGCCCGAGGUCGCUAGCAUCGCCGCCGAGGGCGUCUCCGACAUGGUGGAUCAAGCUGUGGCCAUGGCGUUCGGACAUAGCAGGACGACCAAUUACAUCCGCAUCCAGGGCACGGGUGGGCGGUGCGGCGGCGGCGGCGGGCGGGCGCCGAGGGCAUGCGGCGGCGAGACGAAGCAGGAAGCGGUGUGGAAGGCGGAGGCGAUGCUGCUGCAGAGGAGCGUGGAGUCGGUGCUGUUCCAGGGCCGGAAGCUGGCCGGCGAGACCAACGCCGACAAGGUGGAGCGGUUCGCGCGCGAGCUCGCCAAGGAGCACGCCCGGAGGAAGCAGCAGCAGUUGGUGAGCCCGGCCGGCGGUGGCGGCGCGCCCGUCGUCGCCGUCGCUUCGGUCGCAGCACCGAACAAUGGCAACGACGAGCAGCCGACGACGACGACGAAGGCGACCGCGGCUUCGGCCACCGCCCCCACCGCCGUCGCACCGAGGCGGCGGCGGCGGCAAAUAACAACGGCGGCCACGAAGCACGCCCCGGCGACGUCGUCGCGGCCGGCGGUAGCCGGCGGGUGCACGGCGGCCGGCACGCGGUAGACACGAGACGCUGCAUCUGCAUGCGUACGUCCUGCGAGCUUGUACGUACUAGCUAGUUUUGCAGAUGAAUCUUUCCGAUCGAUCGACGGGUACGUAUACGUACAAACGCCGAGGCAUCGACGUGCCCGAUGGAUCUCGAUCGUCGCGGGGUGUCCGUCCAGCUGUGCAAGCUGCCAAAGCUACGGGAUCAUAUCCUGCUGAAAUAAUAAUCCUAUAUCCGUACGUGCGACCGAGCAUUUUUUUUGA